CACAAAUGGCGGAUUAGUCGCAAGAUUAACACAACUUUAGUUGUUUGUAGAAGUUUCAUUGCCAACUUCCGCCAACUAUCCAAUUUGUGAUAAAUCUUCAUUUGUUUUUUUACGUGAAAAUUUAAAAAAAAACAACUAAAUCAAAAUGCGUGAAUGUAUCUCAAUCCAUGUUGGACAAGCUGGAGUCCAAAUUGGUAAUGCCUGCUGGGAAUUGUACUGUUUGGAGCAUGGUAUUCAACCAGAUGGUCAAAUGCCAUCAGAUAAAACCAUUGGUGGUGGUGAUGACAGUUUCAAUACCUUCUUCAGUGAAACUGGUGCUGGUAAACAUGUACCAAGAGCUGUAUUCAUUGAUUUGGAACCAACUGUUGUUGAUGAAGUUAGAACUGGUACAUAUCGUCAAUUAUUUCAUCCAGAACAAUUGAUAACUGGCAAAGAAGAUGCAGCAAAUAAUUAUGCUCGUGGUCAUUAUACUAUUGGCAAAGAAAUUGUUGAUUUAGUAUUGGACAGAAUUCGUAAACUUGCUGAUCAAUGUACUGGUCUUCAAGGUUUUUUGAUUUUCCAUUCAUUUGGUGGUGGUACUGGUUCUGGUUUUACAUCAUUACUCAUGGAACGUCUUUCUGUUGAUUAUGGUAAAAAAUCAAAACUUGAAUUUGCUAUUUAUCCAGCACCACAAGUAUCAACAGCUGUUGUUGAACCAUAUAAUUCAAUUUUAACAACACACACAACACUUGAACAUUCUGAUUGUGCAUUUAUGGUUGACAACGAGGCAAUCUAUGAUAUUUGUCGUAGAAAUUUGGAUAUUGAACGUCCAACAUACACAAAUUUGAACAGAUUAAUUGGUCAAAUUGUAUCAUCAAUAACAGCAUCAUUACGUUUUGAUGGUGCACUUAAUGUUGAUUUAACUGAAUUCCAAACAAAUUUGGUACCAUAUCCACGUAUUCAUUUUCCAUUGGUAACAUAUGCACCAGUUAUAUCAGCUGAAAAAGCAUAUCAUGAACAAUUGUCUGUUGCUGAAAUAACAAAUGCAUGCUUUGAACCAGCAAAUCAAAUGGUCAAGUGUGAUCCACGUCAUGGUAAAUAUAUGGCAUGUUGUAUGCUUUAUCGUGGUGAUGUUGUACCAAAAGAUGUCAAUGCAGCAAUUGCAACAAUCAAGACUAAACGUACAAUUCAAUUUGUUGAUUGGUGUCCAACUGGUUUCAAGGUUGGUAUCAAUUAUCAACCACCAACAGUUGUACCAGGUGGUGAUCUUGCUAAAGUACAACGUGCUGUUUGUAUGUUGUCAAAUACAACAGCUAUUGCUGAAGCAUGGGCACGUCUUGAUCAUAAAUUUGAUCUUAUGUAUGCUAAACGUGCUUUUGUUCAUUGGUACGUUGGUGAAGGUAUGGAAGAAGGUGAAUUCUCCGAGGCACGUGAAGAUCUUGCUGCUCUUGAAAAAGACUACGAAGAAGUUGGCAUGGAUUCAGUUGAAGGUGAAGGAGAAGGUGCUGAAGAAUAUUAAAUUGAAUUAUUUAAUUCAAAAAGAAAAUUAAAAAAAAAAAAAUAAAUUUGUCUUCAUUCAAUUCCAGA